CCUACAGCACCUCCACCUCCCGGGCCUCGAAUGCUGCCACCUAACCUUCCAAUGAUGCCACCAAUGCUAUGGUGCCGCCCAACCCUCCGGUGACUAGCACUUUCUGGGAGAUCAAAAUUGUGCAUGAUCAAUUCAAGAACUUGCAGGACGCUCUUGGUGGGGUGAGGGGAAGGAGGGAGGAAGCAGAGGAUGGAAGCGUACCAGCGGCGGAGGGAGGAGAGGCCUCAAAAUCGUCGUCCAGCUUUAGAAGAUGAACAUGAAUGGAGGAUGAGGAAUGGUCGUGCCAGCUUCUGUACUCUAGCAAAUGCGCCGCUCAGAAAGAACUUAACUUUCCAGAAAAGGAAUAUGAAACAGAAUGUUCGGCUUGUUUCAGUCCCAAUUUUGCCAUGUAUAAUGCUCCUUCUCAUCCAAAUUUUGGUCAACCAUGAACUGGACAAGCCUAAGAAUAGGUGUGGUUGUGUUUGUGUUGAUACUGACGGAGACGACGAAUGUGAGAAAGUUUGUGGAUUGGAAUACUCAACUGUGGAUCAAGGGUUCACUUCUCUCCCAAAAUGGGUCUGUCCAGCUUAAGAAGAUGAACAUGAAUGAGUUCAAGAACAUGAACAAUUGCUGGGAAUUCUUUUGCUUUUUUUUUUUUGCUGGGUUUAAGAA